UUUCUUUUUAAUUCUUCAUUUGUUUAUUUUUUUUCAUCUUAUUUUGUGUUAAAAAUAAAAAUAAAGACAUUUGAGAACAUUGGAAUGUUUUUAUCAGGGCUUUUCUUGUGGAAAACCUGAUGCGGCCCAGCCUCACACAGACUCUGCCUCCAGUGGCCCCCAGGUAAAUUGAGUUUGAGACCCCUGCUUUAAAUGCUAAUGAGCUACUACGUGCACCGCCCAAAGAUGUAUUUGCACCGCCCACCUCUCCCUGCCUGCGGAAGAGGUGAGGGCGGCAUUGUGUGACCAUGGCAACGGCUGAGUUACCGGAAGAAAUGGCCACCGGACAACAAACUGCGGUGCAACCGUACAUGUUCGAGCCGGAGUCCGACCCAGAACAGGAGGCUCCAGAAGUAGUUCAGCAGUUUUUUUGUCUACCUCGACAUUACUUGUUACUUGUUACUGCAUAGACAAACGAAAGUUUUACGGGCUUAGUAGCCAUCUGCCCCGCGCUGUUAAGAUCACAACCCCCUUCUCCUGCCUCGAGUGUUUACAUAACAAAGCUUAGCCAAACCUCGACUGGCGUUUACUGCUCUGCAGUUGCAGUAACUCGGAUGCAAUUUAGCAAUUGCCAUUACGAAAGAAAGGCGUAACCCCGUAUCAUUAUUUACCUUUAUGUGGCCAGGUAAGUCAAUUGAGAACCUGCUCUUAUUUGCAUGGACGACCUGUAAUUAGCUAGCAAUGUCCAACAACUGUAGUUUUCAAUAAGCCACAGUUGCCUCCCGUCACCUCUCUACCAGCAGUAUUGUUUUUGAACCGGUACCAACAGUUUAUAAACUUUAAAUAUUACAAAAGAAACAACGCAAUGUGAUUGAUUGGCUAUGUAGUUUCCAAUGAAUGAUAUAAAUUCUGCUUAAAAACAGGCGUUCCUGUGGCAGUUGUGAACAAGUGCCUACAGAGCCCGAGAAUAUCUGCUGUAUUGAAAUACCACAGGUUACAUGAAGACUAAGUUACAGCAGCUUCCUGAGCAACCAUCAUGCAUGCUGGACCAUCCUGGCCCAGUACCUGUCUGCCUGAAUGUGUUUUCACUGCAGAAUGCACUGAACAUUUAUUGGGCAGACUACGGACCUUUACGUCCGAGGGGAAUAGUGCAUUUAUCUGGUGGUGGUGGUGUUCAGCCAACAACUUGGUGCUGAACACAGGAAAGACCAAGGAGGUCAUCGUGGACUUCAGGAGGUCCAGGAAGACUGAGCACGCCCCCCUCCUCAUGGACGGAGAAGUGGUGGAGCGUGUGGACAACAUCAAGUUCCUGGGCCUCCACAUCACAUCUGAUCUCUCCUGGUCCCUGAACACCUGCCGCCUGGUGAAGAAGGCCCAACAAAGGCUCUUCUUCCUCAGGAAACUGAAACGGGCUGGACUCUCCUCUCGUCUGCUCGUGAACUUCUACAGAGCGACAAUAGAAAGCAUCCUCUGCCUCAGUGUGACCGUGUGGUAUGGCAGCUGCACGGCACAGGAGAGGAAACAACUGGCACGGGUGGUUAAAACUGCACAGGGCAUCGUGGGCUGCCCCCUCCCUGACUUGGACUCUAUAUACGGAGACCGAGUCAAGAGGAGAGCAAGAGCCAUCGCCACGGACCCCAGCCACCCGGGCCACAGACUGUUCGUACCGCUUCCAUCAGGAAAGCGGUACAGGAAUAUCCGCACCACCACCAACAGACUGAGGGACAGCUUCUUUCCAAGAGCUGUCAAAGCUAUCACCCCCUGCACUGCAGGACAAUAGACUAAGCUGCUGAACGCACACUGCACUUUUUUUUUAUGUCCAACGGACUAAUUAACGGUACCUUACUGUUAAUGUAUAUAUUACCACCCAACCGCACCAAUCGUAUACAUAUGUAUAUACUACAGUUCUUAUGUACAUACUACAGUUCUGAUGUACAUACUCUCUUCCUCUUUUCUUAUUAUAUUUAGAAAUAUUUCUAUUUUUAUUGCAUGCUCUUCUAUAUUUUUACUAUUUUAUUACCUU